AUGGGGAAGAGCAAUCACACGGUGACUGACUUCAUCCUGGUGGGCUUCACGACAGAUCCUGUGGUGCAGCUGGUCCUGUUUGUGGUGUUCCUUGGUGUCUACUCUAUGACUGUCCUAGGAAAUGCCACUCUCAUAGUGUUGAUCGGUAACGACUCCCAACUUCACACACCCAUGUAUUUUUUCAUUGGGAAUCUGUCUUUCCUGGAUCUCUGGUACUCCACUGUGUACACCCCAAAGAUCCUGGUGACAUGCAUCUCUGAAGACAAAAGCAUCUCCUUUGCUGGCUGUGUGGCCCAGUUCUUCUUCUCUGCGGGGCUGGCCUACAGUGAGUGCUACCUGCUGGCUGCCAUGGCUUAUGACCGCUAUAUGGCCAUCUCAAAGCCACUGCUUUACUCUCAGGUCAUGCCCAGCAGGCUGUGUGCAUGUCUAAUAGCAUCCUCAUACCUUGGUGGCUUUGUUAACUCUUUGAUUGUUACCAAAGGAACUUUUGCUUUGGACUUCUGUAGUAACAAUGUCAUUGAUGACUUUUUCUGUGAUAUCCCACCUCUUGUGAAGUUGGCUUGUGGAAGAAAAGAUACCUACCAGGCUGUGCUGUUCUUUGUCCUCGCCUCCAACGUCAUCACCCCCACUGUGCUCAUCCUGGCCUCCUACCUCUUCAUCAUCGCCACCAUCCUGAAGAUCCGCUCCACCCAGGGCCGCCUCAAAGCCUUCUCCACCUGUUCCUCACACCUCAUCUCUGUCACCCUGUUCUAUGGAUCCAUUCUCUACAUUUACUCUUGUCCACAAUCAAGCUAUUCAUUGGACAGGGAUAAAAUAGUUUCUACGUUUUACACCGUAGUGUUCCCAAUGUUGAACCCUAUGAUCUACAGUCUGAGGAAUAAGGAUGUGAAAGAGGCUCUGAAUAAACUCCUCAAAUAA